GUGACUCUCUGUUUCUCCCCUGUGGGGAACAAGCUGAGGGUCCGCAGCAGGAAGUUCCCAGCCAUUGUGAACUGCACAGCCAUCGACUGGUUCCAUGAGUGGCCUCAGCAGGCACUGGAGUCUGUCAGCCUCUGCUUCUUGCAGAGCACAGAGAGCAUUGAGCCCAAGGUCAAGCAGUCAAUCAGCAAGUUCAUGGCUUUUGUCCACACAAGUGUCAACCAAAAGUCCCAGUCUUACCUGAGCAACGAGCAGCGCUACAACUACACUAAUCCCAAAUCAUUUCUGGGGUUCAUCAGACUCUACCAGAGCCUGCUGCACAGCAACGGGAAAGAGCUCAAGUCCAAGAUGGAGCGGCUGGAGAAUGGCUGCUGA